UAUUCUAUUCUAAUCUGAAAAGGAAAAUGAAACCUAUAGUCAUGAUUGUGUUUGUCUUAAGAUUUCUGUGUUCAGACGGUCAAAAUCUUAGAACGGCGAAGGUCGUUAUGAUCCCUGAUAAAAAGGGUGCGUUGAUACCAAUGUCGGCAGAUGAAGUGUCAGCACAAGCAAAUUUGGCCAGACUAACCGAUUUUAAUGUUUAUUUUAACUUGUUUACCAAUUUAAAUCCAACAAUAUCCCAACAACUGGUUGAUGGUAACAUUAGCUCUAUUCGAAAUUCAAACUUCAAUGCACAAUUUCCAACAAGAAUAAUUUGCAAUGGGUGGUUCAGUGGCAACGAUACGGACAUGAACAAAGUACUUCGAAAUGCUUACCUUGCGGUUGGUAACUUCAAUGUCAUCGUGCUGGACUGGAGUGAGGGAUCGAAAGAUUUAAAUUAUAUCCAGGCAGCAGCUCAUACUAGAACAGCUGGAUCGAAGUUAGCAUCUUUUAUCCAGUAUCUCGCAGCUAAUGCUAAGCUGGAUGUGAACAACACCUACUUGAUCGGACAUAGUUUGGGAGCACAUAUUGUUGGCUUCGCUGGGAAACUUAUUCAAACUCCUAAGAUCAACACGAUUUUCGGAUUAGAUCCUGCAGGUAUACCUUUCAAUACUGCUGGUCCUAAUGAUCGCCUGAAUAUCGGGGACGGGUCAUAUGUGGAAACAAUUAACACUGAUAUUGGUAUUCUGGGUCCGAACAUGCCAAUUGGAAAUGCAUCUUUUUUUCCCAAUUAUGGCACACUACAGCCAGGUUGCAUUGGUGUGACGACACUCUGCAGUCACGCUCGCGCUUAUGUCUACUUUGGUGAAUCUAUAGAGGCUUCGGUUGACUUCUAUGCGGCGCAAUGUUCAGCAUUUAAUAAUAUAAUUUUCCGCGAUUGCAAUAAAACAGGACCUGUGGCAUACAUGGGAGGUGAACGGUCGAAUUAUGACAGAGGAGUGAGUGGUAUUUACUAUUUGCCGAUAAAUUUUAAGCCGCCUUAUGCUCUCGGAACAUUUUAAUGCAUUUAAUGAAUCGAAUUGUGUUUCAAUUUUCCGUUAGAUGUUAAAUGUGAUUUCAAACCCCCAAUCAAAUUUAAUUAGCAGA